UCUUAUCUCAAAUAUAUUGUUUAUUGACGAGGUAUCAGCUGCUAAACUUGUGAAAGAAUAAAAUGUCUGCCAAUUUUCUAAAGAAUUUUAAAUUAUCAAAAACAACAAAAAAUAUUGUGAGGUAUGGUUCAAAAAGUGCCACAAAUGUGGCUUAUAAAACUAAGGUUGCUGAACAAAUAAAUCAAAUCAAAAACCAAGCUCUUUUAGGAGGUGGGCUAAAUAAAAUCGAUGAACAACAUAAGAAGGGAAAACUAACAGCACGCGAGCGUAUUCACUUAUUUCUUGACGACAACAGUUUUGUGGAAUACGAUAUGUUUGUAGAACACACUUGCACAAAUUUUGGAAUGGACAAACAAAAAUUUCCAGGCGAUUCUGUAGUUACAGGUCAUGGCUUGGUUAAUGGACGCCCAGUAUACAUAUUUAGUCAAAACUUUACCGUGUUUGGUGGAAGUCUUUCGAGUGUCCAUGCGAGGAAAAUUUGUAAAAUGAUGGACAAAGCAAUAGUAAACGGUGCCCCAAUUAUUGGACUGAAUGACUGCGGAGGCGCGCGUAUACAAGAAGGCGUAGAAUCGUUAUCUGGAUAUGCUGAUAUAUUCCAGAGAAAUGUUUUGGCCUCCGGAGUUGUUCCCCAGAUAUCACUAAUUAUGGGUCCAUGUGCUGGAGGCGCUGUUUAUUCACCGGCGCUCACAGAUUUUGUGUUUAUGGUAGAAGACACUUCGUUUCUGUUUGUUACAGGCCCUGAUGUGAUCAAAUCAGUGAAUAACGAAGAAGUCACUAGAGAGGAAUUAGGUGGUGCCCGAACACAUACAACAAUAUCGGGAAAUGCACAUAAGUCAUUUAAAAAUGAUAUUGACGCUCUCUUGCAAUUAAGACAUUUUUUAACUUAUCUACCUCAGUCACGUAAUCACCCGGCACCUAUUAGGAUUUGCGACGAUCGAAGUGACUUAGAUGUCCUGGCUCUGGACUCAAUAAUUCCGCUAGAACCUAGCGCUCCCUAUGACAUGCUGGACAUAAUCCACUGCAUAGUGGACGAAAGAGAAUUUUUUGAGAUAAUGCCAAAUUAUGCUAAAAAUAUUGUGGUUGGAUUUGCACGAAUGAAUGGCAGAUCUGUCGGCUUCGUUGGAAAUCAACCAAAAGUCGCCGCUGGUUGUUUGGACAUUAACGCGUCCGUAAAAGCGGCGCGAUUUGUGCGUUUCUGUGAUGCGUUCAAUUUGCCGAUUAUUACUUUAGUUGACGUCCCAGGCUUUCUGCCAGGAAUUUCUCAGGAGCAUGCGGGAAUUAUCAGACACGGAGCGAAGUUAUUGUACGCUUAUGCUGAAGCUACAGUUCCCAAACUCACCGUGAUUGUCAGAAAAGCUUAUGGUGGAGCUUAUGAUGUAAUGUCAUCCAAACAUUUGAGAGGAGACGUUAAUUAUGCUUGGCCAUCAGCUGAAAUUGCCGUGAUGGGAGCUAAGGGCGCUGUAUCAAUUUUGCACCGAAAUGAAAGCGAUGUUACAGAAUAUGUUAAUGAAUAUACAGAAAUGUUCAACAGCCCUAUACCUGCUGCCCAAAAAGGCUUUAUCGAUGACAUUAUUGAGCCACGUACAACUAGAUGGCGACUUUGCAGAGACUUGGAAGUCCAAGCAACAAAAAAACUAGUGAACCCUCCAAAAAAGCACGGCAAUAUGCCUUUAUAACUAGUCUAUUAUAAUUUUAUAUUUUCUAGUUUAAUUUUAACAACAGAUGCUCAUCUUUGUAACUUGUACAAAAUUAUUUUAACGUUCUAAAACAAUAAAAAUAAACUCAUCUUUA